AUGGCCCAGCAGCAGCCCGCCACUUUCGGUCAGGUCGUGGGACUCGUGAACAAACUGCAGCAGAUAUGCACCCAGCUCGGCGACACGGCCGGGAACAGCAUCCUGGUGGACAAGCUUAGCAGUAUCGUGGUCGUGGGAGGCCAGAGCUCGGGAAAAUCGUCAGUGCUGGAGGCGGUGGUGGGCAGAGACUUCCUGCCGCGCGGCACGGGCAUCGUCACGCGCCGCCCGCUGGUGCUGAACCUGGUGCACACUGACGACCCCAAGGCCCAGGAGUAUGGGGAGUUCAUGCACAGGCAGGGGCAGAAGAUCUAUGACUUUGAGAAGAUCCGGCAGGAGAUUGAGGACGAGACGGAGCGCCACCUCUCCAAAGGCAGCAAGGUGGUCAGCCCCGUUCCUAUCUACCUGACUAUCUACUCCCCAGUGGUGCCGAACCUGACUCUUGUUGACAUGCCCGGCCUGACCAAGCUGGCCAUCGAGGGGCAGCCCCAGAGCAUCGUGCAGGACUUGGAGGACAUGUGCAAGCAGUACAUCAAGGGUGACAACGCCAUCAUCCUGGCGGUGUCCCCCGCCAACGCGGAUCUGGCGACAUCUGACGCGCUGCGGCUGGCCAAGGAGGUGGACCCCCUGGGUGAGCGCACCAUCGGCGUGCUGACCAAGAUCGACAUCAUGGACAAGGGCACGGACUGCAGGGAGGUGCUGUGCGGCCGCAGCCUGCGCCUGCGCCACGGCUGGGUGGGGGUGGUGAACCGUGGGCAGGCGGACAUCAACAAGAAGAUGAACAUGGCGGACGCGCGCUCCAGGGAGACCGAAUUCUUCAAGUCCACCGAGUCGUACCGCGACCUGGACAACACCGGCACCACGUACCUGGCCAACAAGCUGAGCAAUCACCUCGUCAACGAGAUCACCCGCAAGCUGCCAGAAAUCCAGUCUUACGUUGACAAGACCAUCAUUGACUACAAGUCUCAGCUGACGGCCCUGGGCCAUGACAUCAGCGGCAACCGCGGCAAGAUGCUGCACCUCAUCCUGACGCUCUGCCAGAAGGUGGAGAAGGCCUUCACGCGCAUCGUGGAGGGCGGCGAGGGAGGUGGUGAGCGCAUCCUGGAGGUGUUUGACGUGAAGCUCAAGGAGGCCAUCUACAAGCUGCCCUUUGACAAGAUCCUCACGCUCAAGAACGUGCGCAACACCAUCAACGAGGCGGACGGUUACCAGCCCCACAUCAUCGCGCCAGAGGCGGGCUACAGGCGGCUCAUUGAGGACGGGCUCAGCCUGCUGCGGGAGCCAUGUUGA